ACCAAAGUGCUAGCAGUAGUACCUUCUGCUGUGUAGCCGACGUAACAGAGCAGGGAAAUCACUGAAUAAAAUGUUUCCGAAAACUAUCUCAGAACGUCAAGCCAAUAAGGAACAUGUUUUGGCUGUUUCAAGAGAUUUUAUCUCGCAGCCACGACUUACAUACAAAACCGUCUCAGGUGUAAAUGGACCACUGGUAAUAUUGGAUGAGGUCAAAUUUCCAAAGUUUGCAGAAAUUGUUGAGUUAAAACUUGCUGAUGGAUCUAUGAGAUCAGGUCAAGUCUUAGAAGUAUCUGGUUCUAAGGCUGUGGUUCAGGUGUUUGAGGGUACUUCUGGUAUUGAUGCAAAAAAUACUCACUGUGAAUUCACUGGUGACAUUCUUCGGACCCCUGUGUCUGAAGAUAUGUUGGGUCGUGUCUUCAAUGGAUCUGGAAAACCAAUUGACAAGGGUCCUCCAAUUCUUGCUGAAGAUUUCUUGGACAUUGAGGGUCAACCAAUUAAUCCUUGGUCACGUAUCUAUCCUGAAGAAAUGAUUCAAACUGGUAUUUCAGCUAUUGAUGUUAUGAACUCUAUUGCUCGUGGCCAAAAGAUCCCUAUUUUUUCUGCUGCUGGUUUGCCACACAAUGAGAUUGCUGCACAAAUUUGUCGUCAAGCUGGUCUUGUAAAGGUACCUGGAAAGUCAGUUUUGGACUCUCAUGAAGAAAACUUUGCUAUUGUUUUUGCUGCUAUGGGUGUGAAUAUGGAAACUGCUCGUUUCUUCAAACAAGAUUUUGAAGAAAAUGGUUCUAUGGAAAACGUGUGCCUUUUCUUAAACUUGGCUAAUGAUCCUACUAUUGAAAGAAUUAUUACUCCACGUCUUGCUUUAACUGCAGCCGAAUUUUUGGCUUAUCAGUGUGAGAAACACGUUUUAGUCAUUCUUACUGAUAUGUCCUCUUAUGCUGAGGCUCUUCGAGAGGUAUCAGCUGCUCGUGAAGAAGUACCGGGACGACGUGGUUUCCCUGGUUACAUGUACACUGAUUUAGCAACAAUUUACGAACGAGCUGGUCGAGUAGAAGGUCGUAAUGGUUCUAUUACUCAGAUUCCAAUUCUCACUAUGCCAAACGACGAUAUUACUCACCCUAUUCCUGAUUUAACUGGAUAUAUCACUGAGGGACAAAUUUAUGUUGAUCGUCAACUUCACAAUAGGCAAAUUUACCCACCCGUUAACGUACUCCCAUCAUUGUCUCGACUUAUGAAGUCUGCUAUUGGUGAAGGUAUGACACGAAAAGAUCACUCUGACGUGUCCAAUCAAUUGUACGCUUGUUACGCCAUUGGAAAAGAUGUACUAGCUAUGAAAGCUGUUGUCGGUGAAGAAGCUUUAACACCAGACGAUUUACUAUACUUAGAAUUCCUUUCCAAGUUCGAAAAGAACUUUAUCUCUCAGGGAAAUUAUGAAAAUCGUACAGUUUUCGAAUCAUUAGAUAUUGGUUGGCAAUUGUUGCGUAUCUUCCCUAAAGAGAUGCUCAAACGAAUCCCUGCUACCACUCUCGCCGAAUUCUAUCCAAGAGAUUCACGCCAUUAAGUUUUAUCAUACAUAUAAUUCAAUUUUUUUUUUCCAAAAGAUCCAUAAUGAAAGUUAUAAAUGAAAAAAGUGAUUAAAGGCCUGACCCAAUUUUGAUGAUCAUACUGAAAAGAAUUGAAUCUUCAUAGAGAUUCGAGAAAGUAGUGUCAAUGAAAUUACAAUACUUAUGUUAAUCAAAUUUAAAAUAAAAAUGAAAGUAAUGUGUUUUGAUACAUUAAACAGUUGGACAAUAAUGUCGAGUAUGUACUAUAUUUGUACAGAACUUGUGUUUAGAGGGUCAGAGCCAUGUUGUACUGUUUAA